UAAUUCAAAUUAUACCGUAGAAAGUGUGACCAUGUUUCUACGAGGAGAAAAAGCCAUGGCAUUUUUUUGUAAACACGAUGCGAAUGUGAAUGCGAAGAAAGUGGCACUUAUAAAAUCUUCAGCUGGGAAAAAUUUCUGCAAAUGGCUUCAAAAAAGAUUAGAUGGACGCCGGACUCAAUUAGUAUGCUAAUUGAUGCAUAUGAGCAGCACCCAAAUCUGUACGACUCCACAAGCGAUCUUUAUCACAAAAAACGCUGCCGCACCGCGUCACUAAAUGCAAUUUUGAAAAUUAUGCGACAAGUGUAUGAUGAUAUAAAUGUUACAGAGAUAAAGAGGAAAAUAGCUACGCUGCGAAGCCAAUAUCUGUUACACUUGAAAAAGGAGGCGAGUAACAGCAGAAGUAGCAUGGGGUAUGAAGAAAGGGGGCGCAUUUCAUGGAUCAACAAUUUAGAGUUUCUGCAGCCAUUCUUAAAAACAAUUGACAUUAAUGCCUCGAACCGGAGCGCUCUCGCUGACUCUGACUCGCAAGAUAUUUAUGAUGAAGAGAUCCAAAUUAAAACAUCCAACAGCUCUAUCGCCUCUGUCGAAGAGCCCGAUCCGUCAGUAGAGAACAUUGUAUACAGGACCGUGAAUGAAAGACAAGGCUCCAUCAGAAACAAGCGGAAAUUUGACCACAACGUGGAUCCCUUUGUGGAGAUUGAAAAGGAUAUGGGUCGCAUCGACGAGAUUGCUCCGUCAGCAGAGAGUACGAUGUAUACGCGUUCGAGCGAGAGGCUGGGCUCUAUUAGAAACAAACGCAAGUUUCACCACGACAUCGAUCCCUUUGGGGAGCUUGAAAAGGAUAUGGUUCGCACCGACAGUGCUCCGCCAGCAGAGAGCAUGCACAAGACUGCGAAAUUAACAAUUAAUCAACAAACAAUCGGAAAUAAGCCGAAAUUUGACCACGACGUUGAUUCCUUUGGGGAGCUUGUAAAGGCGGAGAUGGCUCGCAUUGACGAUCCCAAACUGCGCAUGGAAGUACGCAUAGAGAUACUCCAAUUAUUAUAUAAAUAUUAUAAUUGA